UUGCAGUUGAUAGAAUCAGCACGCACAAUGGAUGAAGCAAUAGCUGCUGGUUUGAAGUUCAAUGACGAAGCUGCCUCUCGUAAAAGGAAACUAAAAGGUUCUCCCACAAAUUGUGAAAACAGAAAUGAGAAAGUCACAAAAAAGCCAAAAGCUGAUUAUCUGGAUGAAUCAGAGCCCCAAAGAGAAUGGGAGAGGCAAGAGAUGCUUGUGAAGAAGCUGCAAAAUACAUUCCCUGGCUUGGAUAAGGAGGAACUAAGGGAUGUACUUCAGGAACAUAACUGGGUGUUUCAUGAAGCACUGGAGGCCCUGAGAGUCUUUGCAGAAGAUGAUGAGGGCAUGGAGUUUCCUCCCAGAAGCGAAGCUUCUGACUGGACCAAAGCCUCCACCAAGAGCAGAACUGAAGAGAGCAAAGAGGAGCCAAAGGAGAAAUCUGGGAAAGAGCAGAAUGGCUUUCAGAAAAAGGACAAAGGCAAAAGGAGCGUUUGGAGUACUAAAAGAGAAACAGAAGACUCAGAGGACGAGUCAGCUUCUGAAGAUGGUGGCAGCUCCCUUGACGAGGACUACAGCAGUGGCGACGAAGUGAUGGAGGAUAGCUACAAAGCAAAAAUCCUCAGCUUCCUGCAGGAUGCAUCCCCCAGCGAACUGACUUUGAUUCCUCAGUGCUCUCAGAAAAAGGCUCAGAAGAUAAUAGCACUCCGGCCCUUUAACAGCUGGGAGGCUCUGUUUACAAAAAUGACUAAGACUACUGGUUUGUCAGAAGACAUAGUGUGGAACUGCAAGAUACUGCUGAAAGAGAGGGACGUGGUUCUAAAGCUGAUGAAUAAAUGUGAAGACAUUUCCAAUAAUCUGACAAAACAAGUGACCCGGAUUACUGAAGGUGGAGGAUGUGGAUGGAACAUAGAGCAACCUGCCAUCCUGAAUCAGAGUUUGGAACUCAAGCCAUACCAGAAGAUUGGUUUGAACUGGUUAGCACUGCUGCAUAAACAUGGGUUGAAUGGCAUACUGGCUGAUGAAAUGGGCUUAGGAAAAACAAUUCAAGCUAUUGCAUUUCUAGCUCAUCUCUACCAAGAGGGCAAUAAGGGUCCCCAUUUGAUAGUUGUGCCAGCUUCAACAUUAGAUAACUGGAUAAGAGAAGUUAACCUGUGGUGUCGUGAGCUGAAUGUCCUUUUUUACUAUGGAUCCCAAGAAGAUCGGAAACAUCUCAGGAUGGACAUUCAAAAUAAAGUUGUUGAUUUCAAUGUGAUAGUAACUACAUACAACUGUGCAAUUAGCAGCUCAGAUGAUCGAGGGCUGUUUCGCAGGUUGAAGCUUAACUAUGCAAUUUUUGAUGAAGGUCAUAUGCUCAAGAACAUGAGCUCUGUACGCUACCAGCACCUUAUGACAAUUAAUGCAAAGAAUCGCUUAUUGCUAACGGGGACUCCAGUUCAAAAUAAUCUGUUGGAAUUGAUGUCCCUCUUGAAUUUUGUAAUGCCACAUAUGUUCAGCAGUAGCACAAGUGAAAUCCGGAGGAUGUUCUCUUCAAAAACAAAGAGUGCUGAAGAACAAAGCAUAUAUGAAAAGGAGAGGAUUGCACAUGCGAAGCAGAUAAUAAAACCAUUCAUCUUGAGAAGAGUAAAAGAUGAGGUUCUUAAACAACUACCUCCCAAAAAAGAUCUCAUUGAAUUGUGUGCCAUGUCUGAGAAACAGGAGCAGCUGUACUGUGAUCUCUUAAACAAAUUCAAGAAAACUAUUAACAGUAAUGCAAAAAACUCUGAUACGGGAAAUGUAAUGAUGCAACUUAGGAAAAUGGCUAAUCACCCCCUCCUGCACCGUCAGUAUUACACAACUGACAAGCUCAGAACGAUGUCCAUGCUUAUGCUCAAGGAACCCACACAUUGUGAUGCUAACCCUGACCUUAUCUUCGAAGAUAUGACAGUAAUGACAGAUUUUGAGCUGCAUUUGCUUUGCAAGCAAUAUUCUCGCGUCAAUGACUUCAAGUUAGACAUGGAUCAGAUCUUGGACUCUGGAAAGUUUAGAGCACUGGAACGCAUCCUCUGUGACCUUAAAGAGAAGGGUGACAGAGUUGUAUUGUUUAGCCAGUUUACUAUGAUGCUGGAUAUCUUGGAAGUUUUCCUAAAGCAUUGGCAACAUAGAUAUAUUAGGUUGGAUGGAAAAACACAGAUUUCUGAUCGGAUCCACCUAAUAGAUGAGUUCAAUACGGAUAUGGGUAUAUUUGUAUUUCUCCUGUCAACCAAAGCUGGUGGCUUGGGAAUUAAUCUGACCUCAGCAAAUGUUGUGAUUCUUCAUGACAUCGAUUGCAACCCAUAUAAUGAUAAACAAGCAGAAGACCGAUGCCACAGAGUAGGUCAGACAAGAGAAGUAAAAGUCAUAAAGCUAAUCAGUAAGGGAACCAUUGAAGAAUCCAUGCUCAAAAUCAGCCAGCAGAAAUUGAAGUUAGAACAAGAUAUGACUGCAGCAGAUUUGGGAGAAGAAGGAACCAUUCCAGCUGAUAUAGCCACACUAUUAAAAGCUUCAUUAGGUCUCUGAAAUGUAAAUAUGUUGUGGAAUUCAAGGAAGAAAGGUGAUGUUGUACCCCAAGGACUAUUGCAUUACUGAUGGCCAUGAGUUUUCUAACUUUUUAUAGUUUCUUUAUUGUACUUCUCCUGGUAUUUAAAGUUUUUAACACCGAUAGCAUUCUUUUGAUGCUUAAAAACGUCAAUGGCCCAAAUGUGCCAACAUCGGAUGCUGAAUAAACAUUAUUUUACAGAUCACUUUUCAAAACGGGGACCUAAGUAGUAAUUGUUUUAAUAAAUCUGCUACUGCUUAAGAUUUGUCAGUAUUUUUGUAAUUAUUUCUACCUCCAAAUAUAUAUAUAUAAAAACUGUCUGUUUCACUGGAUUAUGCGUGUAGAUUUUUUUAUGUGCCUUAUUUGACAAUGCUUGAGUCUGUUUCUGCUUGUUUUGGUUCAUUCGAUGUACCGUACUGGUUUUGUACCAACUUGUUCAAAUAAAAUUCCACAGAUU